AUGAGGUCCGGUCGCAGCCCACUCCUCCUCCUCCUCUUGGGGGUCGCCUUUGCCCUCUGGAGCCCCCUGCACGCCAUGCCCGACAGCUACAUCAGACGGUGCGUAGUCUUGCCCGACUAUUCCAAACGGUGUGGGGUGCCUCAGCAACGUUUUUUCCACAACAUCACCAGCAUGAGCUGCGAACCUUUCUAUUUCCUUGAGUGCCCCGGGAACCUCAACAACUAUGACACCAUCGAGGAAUGCCACGUCUCCUGCAACUUCUGCCAGUUGCCUCCUGAACACGGGCCUUGCAAUUACAAAACAGAUCGCUGGUUUUAUGACCCAAAGAACAAAGAUUGCAAGAAGUUCACUUUCGGGGGCUGCGGGGGGAACUUCAACAACUUCAGCACACGUUGGAACUGCCGGCUGAGAUGCCGCCAUAGAGGUCCUUCCUAA